AUGAAGAGGAGGGGAGUUUGUGUGGAGGAGCAGCCGUCCUGCUGUGCUCGGUGUCAGGACUUCCUGAAGGAUCCAGUCUCUAACAGCUGUGGACACUGGUUCUGCAGACAGUGCAUCAGCUCAUACUGGGACCAGUCUGCUCCAUCAGGACACUCCUCCUGUCCCCUGUGUGGAGAAAGAUCCAGAACCAGCAGCUGUGGACAAAGAGCAGGCGUUGGUCUGCAGGAGGUUCUGCAGGAACAUAAGAUGAGUCUGAGGAGGAGAUGUGAACAUGUGACUGAAGGAAGUGAUGAAGCAGGAGGUGGAACCCUCCUCAACAGGAUCUACACUGAGCUCUACAUCACAGAGGGACACAGUGGAGAGGCUGAUGUCCAACAUGAGGUGGGGCAGCUGGAGACAGCUUCCAAGAAGAGCCUCCAUGACAUUCCCAUCAGGUGCCAGGACAUCUUCAAAGCCUUACCUGAGCAGCAGAGGGCCGUCAGAGUGGUCCUGACCAACGGCGUGGCUGGCGUGGGAAAAACCUUCUUAGUGCUGAAGUUCACUCUGGACUGGGCAGAGGGUGGAGAAAACCAAGACGUGAGUGUGGUAGUGGUGCUUCCGUUCAGGGAGCUGAACUUGAUCAGAGAUGAGCAGCACAGUCUUCUCACACUGCUCCAUGUUUUCCAUCCAACAUUACAGAAAGUGACGGCAGAGCAGCUGGCUGUCUGUAAACUUUUGUUCAUCUUUGACGGUCUGGAUGAAAGCAGACUUUCACUGGAUUUCACCAACAGGAAGGUUGUGUCUGACAUCAGCCAGAAGUCUUCGCUGGACGUUCUGCUGGUCAACCUCAUGGAGGGGAAUCUGCUUCCCUCGGCUUUGGUCUGGAUCACUUCCCGCCCUGCGGCGUCCAGUCAGAUCCCUCCUAAAUGUGUGGACAGGUUAACAGAAGUACGAGGCUUCACCGACGUCCAGAAGGAGGAGUACUUCAGGAGGAGGAUCAGCGAUGAAGAGCGCUCCAGCACAAUCAUCUCCCACAUGAAGACAUCCCGGAACCUCCACAUCAUGUGUCGACUCCCAGUGUUCUGCUGGAUCACUGCUGCAGUUCUGGAGCAAAUAUUGACCACAGAGCAGAGAGGAGAGCUGCCCAAGAGCAUGACUGAGAUGUUCUCACACUUCCUGCUGGUUCAGACGCAGAGGAAGAAGAACAAGUACCAUAAGGGACAUAAGAAGAUUCCACAGGAGCUGACGAAGGCUGACAGGGAAGUUCUUCUGAAGCUGGGGAGGCUGGCCUUUGAACAUCUGGAGAAAGAAAACAUCAUGUUCUACCAAGAAGACCUGGAGCAGUGUGGUCUGGAUGUGACAGAGGCCUCGGUGUUGUCAGGAGUUUGUACCCAGAUCUUCAGGAGAGAGUGUGAGAUGUUCCAGAAACCAGUCUACUGCUUUGUUCAUCUGAGCGUUCAGGAGUUUCUGGCUGCAGUCUACAUGCUCCACUGUUACACCAACAGGAAGAUGGAGGUUCUGGUGAAGUUCCUGGGAGAAGAGCGGAAAGAUCUUUAUGCUGAAGAUGUUAAUGGUUACAAGGAUAACACAGACAUCUCAUCCCUGGAUGUUUUCCUGAACAGAGUCAUGCAGAAAUCCCUCAGAAGUAGAAAUGGUCACCUGGACCUGUUUGUUCGCUUCCUUCAUGGCCUCUGUCUGGAGUCCAACCAGAGACUCUUAAGAGGUCUGCUGGGUCGGACAGAGACCCAUCCAGAAAUGAUCCAGAGAAUUCUCAACAGCCUGAAGGAGAUGACGAGCAGUUAUGAAAUAUCUCCAGACAGAAUCAUAAACAUCUUCCACUGUCUGAUGGAGAUUAAGGAUCUCUCAUUACAUCAGGAGAUCCAAGAGUUCCUGCAGUCAGAGAACAGAUCAGAGAAGGAACUCUCUGAGAUCCAGUGCUCAGCUCUGGCCUACAUGCUGCAGAUGUCAGAGGAGGUUCUGGAUGAGUUGGACCUGAACAAGUACAGAACAUCAGAGGAGGGAAAACGGAGACUGAUUCCAGCUGUGAGGAACUGCAGAAAGUUUCGACUUGCUGCCUGUGGACUCUCAGAGAGUCACUGUGAAGUCGUGGCCUCAGCUCUGAAGUCCAACCCCUCCCAUCUGAUAGAACUGGGCCUGUGUGGAAACUACAUGAAGGAUUCAUCAGUGAAGCAUCUUUGUGAUGGACUGCAGAGUCCAAACUGUAAACUGGAGACUCUCAGAUUAUGGGGCUGCAGGUUGUCAGAGAUCAGCUGUGAUUCUCUGGUCUCAGCUCUGAAGUCCAACCCCUCCCAUCUGGAACAUCUGGACCUGAGGAACAACAAAUUGAAGGACUCAGGAGUGAAACAUCUGAGUGGUUUUGUGGAGAGUCCAGACUGCAUCCUGACUGAGAGGCUGCAGGCUGUCAGAGAUCAGCUGUGA